AUGAUAAUAACUAUUAUCCCAUUCCCAUAUUUGGUGUGCUUUUCUGUACAGUAUAUUUACCCUAUAUACUUAACUCUCAAUUCAGUUAUAUAUCCUUGCAAUAGAAAUAACUCCUCAAUGAGUGAAUUGAUACAAAUGCUUUCAUAUUGGGUAAUUUGCAGUUCUAUAUGCUUAGUAGAAUCUAUAUUAGUAGUAUUUACGAAGAUUCCUUUUUACUAUGACGCAAAGUUAAUGAUACUUCUUUGGCUUAUACUACCUACAUACAGUGGAUCAGGAUAUAUUUUUUACAAGUAUGUAAGAAGUAUGUAUAUUCAGCUAAUAGAAGACAUUAAAAAAGGCUUGUCGGGGAGUUAUCCACAUAUUAAGAAAUUUACUGAGACCUAUUUGGCACCAUCAAAGAGAUAUUAG